CUCAAUCAACUACAAUCACACACAUGCAAUCCAACAGGAAGGUCAGGGUCACGACCGGGGGUUCGUGACAAUAUAUACUACAUGCAGAAACCCAAGCAGCUGAAUCAAAAUAUCAGUAUAGGAAAUUGGACACUUUGACAUAACACAGCAGACAUCUGGGUCAGAGAAGCUAACCUGUAGAUGCAGCCUACUGCACAUGUAGUGUGAAUUGGUUGUAAAUGGGACAGUAUCCCUAAAAGUGGCUUAAAAAGGCUUGCUGUUAGUGACUUCCUUUAAAUAUAUUUAAAAGAUUCAAAUGAACCCCCCCCCACAAUUUUGAAACACGCUGUUUGAUUUUGGAGGUAAAGUCAUAAGGGCAUUCUUCAGAGACAGUCUUUCCUCCUAUUAUCACCAGUGUACCCUCAGCACUAAAACAAAAACAGCUCAUUUGCUUGCUUUCUAACGAGUCUUGCUUUGAAUCACUGAUUAGAUGUAAAAAUAUGUCUAAAUGAUACUUCAUGUAGAGCAUAAAACUAUGGCUUGACACCAUUCUUAAGUUCAAAAAGUUGUCAUCUGCAUAUCUCAAAAAACAUUUAACAAUUAGGAGUUGGACAACAUUUUCUAAAGCAGUAGAAUCAACCUUGUGUGAUACUGAAAAAUAUUACUUAGAAGUGUAUUUUAUACAAAUUUUAAAGCAUAUUGUAUAGGGAAAAUGAAAUUAUUCCUCUGGUAGAAUAAAGUGCAUCAAUCAAUAGUGUCAGGAAUUAUGAAUUGGCUUGGCUCAUUCUGCACUACAUCAUUAGCAUAAAAAUAUUUGCACAUAAUUCAGGGACUUACUGGUUCUAUUAGACACUUCAAAUUGUCAGGCCUUGUCUUGUGCAUGGAUCCUUGCCUUAGUGGGUUGCACUUAGUUUCUGUACUGUUCAGAAACACACACAUGCAUCCAUUAGAAGGUGUCACUUUCUGUUAAGUACCACUUAUUCAGUUACUCACUUGCUGACCCCUGUGUCUAACAUACUAACCUUAGAGCAAUCAUUGCACAAUCUUUUCAUAAUCCCAUUUUAUUAGUGCUUAUUGUCCAGUAACCCUUCUUAUUCUACUAUUCAAUUCACCCUGGCUGCCUAGCAACAUCUGCCAAAUCUCGCGUUAGAGACACAAAUCUCCACUACACAUUUUGAACUGCGUAGCGACAAAGGCGUCUUGCGUUGUAUGGGGCUAGAAAAACCUCAACAUGGCAGAUGUUGAAACUCUCGAUGAGGAGUCAAAGCAAGAGGAAUGCACAGCAUCCAUCAUGUCCGAACCUGAGGAGACAUCGGAAGAAACACCCAAUGGCGUGAAGACGGAUGCUGAAGAAAAUAAGCCCCCCAAAGAAAAGCAUGAUGCUAAAGAGAAGUCCUCCGGGAGCAGAAGAGGAAACCGCUACCAUCCCUACAAAGACAAACACGGUGGAGAAAAGAAGGGUGCUCAUAGGAACCGGGUUUUCAUCAGCAAUAUCCCUUAUGAUAUGAAGUGGCAGGCAAUUAAAGAUCUAAUGCGUGAGAAAGUUGGUGAGGUUACAUACGUGGAGCUCUUUAAGGAUGCAGAAGGAAAGUCAAGGGGUUGUGGUGUGGUGGAGUUCAAAGAUGAGGAGUUUGUGAAGAAGGCAAUAGAAACUAUGAAUAAGCAUGACCUAAGUGGAAGGCCACUCAACAUCAAGGAGGACCCUGAUGGGGAACAUGCUCGGCGUGUGCUCCAGCGCAUGGGAGGAGGUCAACAAGGAGGUCGUGGGCAGGACAUGGGGCCGGGUGGGAUAAACAUCCCACUCUCUAUUGCCAACAAUCCCAACAUCCCACCGGAUGUCAUCCAUGCACUGCAGGCUGGACGACUUGGCAACACAGUGUUUGUGGCCAAUCUGGACUUCAAGGUUGGCUGGAAGAAGUUGAAGGAGGUGUUUGGCAUGGCAGGUGUGGUAAAACGAGCAGAUGUAAAGGAGGAUAAAGAUGGAAAGAGUCGUGGGAUGGGAACAGUGACUUUUGAGCAGUCACUGGAGGCUGUGCAGGCCAUCUCCAUGUUCAAUGGACAGAUGCUCUUUGACAGACAGAUGCACGUUAAAAUGGAUGAGAAAUCUCUUCCUCCUGAAGACUUCCGUCAAGUAGAAAAAACACCUCAGUUACCACGGGGUCUAGGUGGUAUUGGCAUGGGCCUGGGGCCAGGAGGGCAGCCUAUAAAUGCCAACCGUCUGAGCGGUGGAGGAGGGAUGGGUUCUAUGGGGCCUGGAGGUAUGGAUGUUCCAGGUUGUGGGGGAAUGAACAGACUUGGAGGAGGUAUGAGUGGUGGCGGUGGCUUCGGGGGCAUGGAUAGCAUGGGCAACAUGGGCGGCUUUGGAGGGAGAGACAUGGCACCAGUUGGCAGGAUGGGAGAUAUGUACCGGUCAGGAAUGGGCGGAAUGGAUCGGGACUUUGGCCACAGUGACAUGCCUAUGAAUCGAGGAUUUGGGGAUUCAUAUGGAGGAAUGGGUGGAGGUUUUGGAGGAGGUAUGGGCAGUGGUGGCAUGGGGCACUUGGGCACUGGAUUAGGUGGCGGAAUGGGCAAUAUGUCAAUGGACCGGAUGGGCUCCAGCUAUGACCGUAUGGGUAUGUCAGGAAUGGACAUGAACCGUGGCUUUGGUGGCUUUGGAGGUGGGGGCCCAGGACACAUGGGUGGAGGCAUGUCUGACAGAGGCUCUGGGUCCAAAGCAGGUUGUCAGAUCUUUGUGCGAAAU